GCGCCAGUCCUGCCGGCAGUUUGAAUUCGGAACAAGAAGCGAUCUAGUCGAAGCGACUUUGAAGCCCCAAACGCAAUUUUCUACAAGUGAAUUUAUUUUUAAUCAAGGCUUUUUGAGUAACACUCUCAAGAAAUGUCUCUUCUACCGUAUUUGUUCGACGAAUGGCCAAUGGCGUCGAUUUACCGUCCGCGUCGGCUUUUGGAUCAGCAUUUCGGCUUGGCUCUUAGUCCGGACGACUUGCUGACCGUUGCUGCGGGACCACUGGUGACCAGGGAGUACUUCAGACCUUGGAGACACAUCGCUGCCGCGGCAAAGGACUUGGGUUCCAGUAUUAAAGUUGAUGCAGAUAAGUACCAAAUUAACUUGGAUGUUCAACACUUUGCGCCUGAAGAAAUCUCUGUUAAAACCGCUGAUGGCUUCAUAGUUGUAGAAGGCAAGCACGAAGAAAAGAAGGAUGAACAUGGAUACAUUUCAAGGCAGUUUGUAAGAAGAUACGCACUUCCAGAAGGUACCACGCCCGACGCAGUGGAAUCCAAACUUUCUUCCGACGGCGUUUUGACCAUCACGGCCCCGAGAAAGAUUCCAGAAGCUAUCAAAGGAGAACGAAAGGUGCCGAUAGCCCAAACUGGCCCCGUUCGCAAGGAAAUCAAGGAUAGUGACACAAAAGAAAUUAAAGAGGCGAAAGAGGAAAAGAAGUAAAGGCAAACAAGCAAAAUUGUAGGUGGUUUCGGAAUAUUCUAAUUAUAAGAAAAUAAUAUGUUAUUUUAAGUUUUAAACUUAUUUGUAGUUAUCUUCUCUACUGCAUUUUUUGUUUUAACUUAUGGUGAUGUAGGAUUUGGUGCAUAUCUUUUAAGUGAGGCCUGUUUGUAGUUUGAUUGCGAGACUGAUAAUUUGUACCAAAAAUGUUGCAUAUACCUAUUUUUAUUUUAAAAUAAAUAUUUUGUGAAUAUUA